AUGAUGGAACUGGGGCGUAAAAGCAUAUUUGGCCAUGCUGGCCACGAACUGGAGCCGGCCCUUCUACACUUAUCAGAUUCGCAACGGCAGUAUCUCAAGUCAUUGUUGGAAGAGCAUUCGUUGGACUACGUCAUCAGAAAGUGUAGGAAGGAUUUUUCGGCUAAGGACUCGAGGAUGCCUGGUUAUCGAGAUGCUGAUGAUUUGAAGUCGAUUCAGUUGCGGCAUGCGGAAAAUAAUGAAGACGAUGGCAUACGUCUCCUGGAAACGCCGAAAGAUCCCAGUGGAAAGGGCUUCACUAUGGUUAUAAUCACACCGCUACAAUUGCAUUGGUUGAAAGCGUAUUCUUCUCGAGGCAUUUCUAUGGAUGACACACAUGGUGCUACAAGGUAUAACCUGAAAUUAGCAACAGUUGUAGUUGCUGACGAACGAGAUAGAGGCCUCCCUGCAGCUUUCCUGCUAUCUUGUACGAUGGGCACGGUAGAUGUUGAAAAACUUUUCAAGGAGAUCAAAAAGUUGAUGCCUGAGUUUAAUCCCAAGCGGAUCGUUACCGAUGAGGCGAUGUGUUUUUAUAGUGGAUUCCGAUCAAUAUUCCCGUUGUCGGCGGCAAAGCUGCAUUAUUGCCGGUGGCACAUCAGUAAAAGUCGAGUAAAAAGCUGGGCAUCCUUCCACGUUGAUGGAGCCGUAAUGGACACCACGAUGCUGAGCGAGCGCUGGCAUUUGCGCUUAAAAAAUGAAGUUCUGCACAGAAACGCAAACCCCCGGAUUGAUUGCUUAGUAGAGCUACUGAUACGUGCUGUCGAAGACCUUGCGGAUUCAAAUGAGAUCAAGCAGACGACUAUAAGGCAUCGCAUGGCCCAAGCGCAUUACCAGGAAAGAUUUGAAAAAAUCAUGUCGAUAGGCAUAAGGAAAUGGGAGGUCGAAGGAAAGAAGCCGGAUGCAAAGUAUAUAGUUGAGGACAAAGGAGGAUGCAUAUGUCCUCCAUCCUUGAGUAAAAAUGUGCAUUGCCCGUCGUGCAAUGUGUGUCCAUACUCAUGGAGGUGUAGCUGUUUGGACAAUAGAGCUGGCAUUUCAUGUGUUCAUCGACAUGUCGUAAAAAUAUUCGAAGACACGAAUGCAGCUUUCGGUGAAGAGCAGCGGCCACCAGUGAUGCUAGAGCACGAAGAAAUGGCUUUGCCCUCUACAUCUAGCGAUGUUGUUAGCGAUGCCCAAAGCCGUAUGGACAUGAGGAAAAGCAUACGGAAUAAAAUAGAAAUGGUGAGUUUCCCACAAGAACAGAGUUGCACGGCUUGA